GGUGUGAGGGUUGGUUGCGCUGGGGGUCAGUCCUGGGCAGUGCCCGGCCUCUCACAGGGUAUUGGGGGAUUACCCAGCCUGGGGCUGCGCUUACUCUCAGUGGGAAGCAGCCCUUGUGCUACAGAACUACAAUUCCCAGAAUUCCAUACUAUGUCCUUGGUGCUGUUGGGAUGCUGGAAGUUGUAGUGUUAUAUUAGAAUGGGGGGGGGGUUCCAUUGUAGGAAAUAUAUAGAUCAUUCUAUUUACUCCCUGACUUCUAUCUGCCCUUUUUGCCUUUACUCUCAUACUGCCCCCCUCAAUAUUAGCCCCUCCCCCAGUACCUUAACCCCCUUUAUGUGCUGUGGGGGCCACUAGUCACUGCCAUGUAGUGUGGAUAUUUGGGUGGGUUUGUCAACCAAUCACAGACCCUGCAGAGAGUAGCGCUAGAAUUCAGCCAAUCAGAUUGUACAAUGUGCCUCACACUUAUCAAUAUGAUUAAUUGGGGGUCAGUGCGUUAUGUGGGGGUCACACACAGGCAAAUAUGGGGCAUUAGUAAGUGCAGUGUAACCAUGUAUAUUCCUAUAGAAUCCCAGGACACUUCAUUACCCCCUUUAAUGAAUGCCCCCGCUAAGUUGCUCCCGGCCACGCCCCAGAAAGCUUUGUCCAAUCAGAGUCCUGUAACCCUGUUGUUUAUAUUGGUGCCCCAUGGGGUUUAACCAGAACAUUGGGAGCCAAUCACAGAGGCACCUCUGAUUCUGCCCUCCCUGCCUGCCAUGUACAGUGCCAGCCUGUGCCCACCCUGUGCCCUCGCCGGGCACCACAUGGAGCAGUGAGGGACCCCCAGGAGGCAGAGCCCAAUAAUGAUCGACAGGAGGACACAGAUACAUACGGAGAUCCUACAUCUGACCUUGGAGAUCAUCUAUUGGCUGACAGGAGAGGAUUGUACAGUUGUACGGACCCCCGAUGGUGCCUCGCCUGCCCGCAGCCCACCAGGGUUAAAUCGGCUGACCAAGAGCCAAUCAGCGGCAGGUUCAUCAGUAGAUACAGAGGGGAAGGUCUUGAAACUCGCCAACAGAAUCCUCCGCCUUCUAACGGGAGAGGUUCCUGUGCGCUAUGAAGAUACCUCUGUACAUUUCUCCGGGGAGGAGUGGGAGUACGUAGAGCGGCACAGGGAGCUGUACGAGGCCGUAACGCUGCACAGUCGCCACUCGGGCGCCUCUCGAGAUUUGGAUCAGGCCACACCCAGUGAGUAUGAGACGUCGGCAAUGUCCCAGGCCCAGGACUGUAGAAGCAACAGAAGCGGCACAAAAACCAGGGAGGGAUCCUGCUUGGCACCAAUUAAACCUGAGAACAGCGACCUUCGGUACGAGGGGAUAUCCACUUCAUCACUGGAUUAUAAACCUGUGGGACCCUCUGACUUACUGCAGGAUAAACCAGACAGCAGCAGCUUUGCAUACAAGGCGGUGGCUACUGGGGGGGCGCGGGAUGAAACCAAAAACGAUACAGGUGAGGUGGUCUCUGACAUGGCACAGGGUAAAGCAGGGAGCGGUGGCAUCAAAUCCGAGGAGGAAAAACCAGAAAUCAGUCCCCCCCCUAUUGGCAAACACUCCAACCGGAAAAAACGAGCAAAGAGCUUGGGCCGGCGUGUAGGCGAGACUGCGGGCAAAGUGCCCCGGUGCCAAGGAGGGAACCAACAUGCUGGUGAGACUGUGGGCAAAGUGCCCCGGUGCCAAGGAGGGAACCAACAUGCUGGUGAGACUGUGGGCAAAGUGCCCCGGUGCCAAGGAGGCCACCAACAUGCAGGAGAGACUGCGGGCAAAGUGCCCCGGUGCCAAGGAGGCCAACAACAUGCAGGAGAGACUGCGGGCAAAGUGCCCCGGUGCCAAGGAGGGCAACACCAUGCAGGAGAGACCGCGGGCAAAGUGCCCCGGUGCCAAGGAGGGCAACACCAUGCAGGAGAGACUGCAGCCAAAGUGCCCCGGUGCCAAGGAGAGCACCACCAUGCAGGAGAGACUGCGGGCAAAGUGUCCCGGUGCCAAGGAGGGCACCACCAUGCAGGAGAGACUGCGGGCAAAGUGUCCCGGUGCCAAGGAGGGCACCACCAUGCAGGAGAGACUGCAGCCAAAGUGCCCCGGUGCCAAGGAGGGAAUCUCCUGCACUCAGACAGUUACACAUUUACCAAUCCGGCACAGUCAGCGCCCUUACCCUUUUACCCUGUGUUAUAUGUUAUUAACAAGGGUAUGGCUGUGCCAGCUCCCGUGGGCAGCGAGGAUCCGUUCAGCUGCCCCGAGUGCCAGGCUUGUUUCACCACCGACUCGGAUCUCAGCAAACACCAGUUUACCCACAAGCAGGACGAGCUGACGUGCGCCGACUGCGGGAAGCGCUUCUCCAACCGGUCCAGGUUCGUCCGGCACCAGCGGUACCACAAGCCGGAGAAAUUUAUCAUUUGCGUCGAAUGCGGGAAGAGUUUUUGGCACAAAUCGAACCUGGCGGCGCAUCAGCGAAUUCACACAGGGGAGAAGCCCUUUACCUGUACGGACUGCGGGAAAUCAUUUGCCACAAAUUCCCAGCUCCGCCGGCACCGGAGGAUCCACACCGGGGAGAGGCCGUUUGCGUGUCUGGAGUGCGGCAAGUGUUUCACCACCAGCUCCAAUCUGGUCGAUCAUCAGACCAUUCAUACGGGGCUGAAACCGUUCGCUUGUUCCGAAUGUGGCAAAUAUUUCAGGUCCAAGCGGUAUCUCUGUCGGCACUUACAGGCCCACGCCGAGAAACCGCCCGCGGUGUAAGGAAGGAAGUUCCGCACUGAUUGGUUACUUUUGUUAUUCAUAUGGCUCAGGGCCCCCCUGGCAUUCCCAGUACCCAGAGGCACAAACAGCCCCCCAGCCCAAUAAAUAGUGAGUGUCUGUGGC